AGUGCCAACUUCGCUCUCAUAGACGUACAUUACGGAGUGCUCAUAUAGGAUUAUUAAUCUAUAUUCGAAAUCGAUUGUUAUCUUUAGCAUUCUCUCAAAUCAAGUACCGUCGGGUACCAUUAGCAGUUACCUUAGGGAAACUGUUGAAAGUUGCCGUCCGACGAAUGGGUGAUUCAGCUGUCCGGCUCCUCUAAGUUACCUUAAAAAUGGGAGAGAAAUCGGUCCCUCUUAGCAGCGGUCAUCGAAUGCCCCUCUUAGGACUCGGAUGCUGGCAGUCUCCCAUUGAUGUGCUGAAGGAAGUUAUUGUCACAGCGCUCGACCUGGGCUACCGGCACAUCGACACCGCUUUCCAGUACAAGAAUGAGGAAGGGGUUGGUGAUGGAAUCCAAAAAUGGCUGAAGAAAACUGGAAGUAAUCGGAGCGAGAUAUUUGUUGUUACCAAGUUGCCAAUGAUCGGAAUGCACGCAGGCGGCAUCGAGAAAUGCCUCAAGAUGUCUUUGGAGAGACUGCGGCUAGAUUACGUGGACCUGUAUCUCGUUCACUCACCUGUUGGACUGAAGAACACAGAUUAUGCGAACGUCUACCCAGUCAAUGAAAAAGGGCUGCCCAUUCUCGAUGAAUCCACGGAUCACAUCGCUAUUUGGAAGGAAAUGGAAAACAUGGUUGACAAGGGCCUCACGAAAUCCAUCGGUCUAUCGAAUUUCAACAUCAGACAAAUGAGGAAAAUAUGUGCCAACGCGCGCAUACAACCUGCAGUUCACCAGGUGGAGAUGCAUGCUCAGUUCCAGCAGUUUCCAAUGCAGGAGUUUUGUAAAUCCAGGAACAUUGUGCUGACGGCCUACUCACCCUUCGCAUCACCGGGCAGACCUUCUUCGUAUAAUGCCAUUGCCAAACGUCCUGUCCCCAACCUGUUAGAGGACCCAGUUGUGACCUUAGUUGCAGAGAGGCACAAAGUGACAACGGCUCAAGUGUUACUACGGUUCUUUGUGCAGCAAGAUAUCGUUGUCAUUCCCAAGUCCGCUAAUCCCCAAAGGAUUCAGACUAAUGGGGACGUCUGGAAGUUCACCCUUUCUGAGGUCGAAAUGGCAGCGUUGAAGUCUCUGGACAGAGGAGAAGAUGGCAGGACCUUUGCUGCCUUACCUGGAUUCGAAGAUCACCCAGAAUGUCCUUGGUGAGGGAUAGAUCAGUGACAUCUUCAUAUCAUUGUAUAGUUUUAAAAAAAUGAAUAUAUCAGGUAGCAUUUCUUCAGGAGAAAAUAAGGUUUUCUCUGCCUUUUAACUAGUCACCUAUAUCUCUUAUGUGUAAAGUGCGAAAGAGAUUGCAGAUGAUAUACAAAGGAAAAUUAGUAAUAGGAUGAAGCAAAGAGAGGUUGCUUCGUCAAAGACAACCUAGUAUAUAAAGAGGUUUGAUACAACUUAGGAAAGUGUUUUGAUUUUGGGAUACGCUAACAGGGACCAAAGAGAUCUAUGGAUCUUGAAACCCCUUAGAACAUUUGUCUCUCUUUAGAAAAGGUUGGUUUAGUACUUUUUUUUUUUCCCGUACGAAGGAUCAGUAAAAUCAUAAUCAUAAUAUGAAAAAUACAGCGAAAUAUAUUUCUCCCAUAAGUAUCAGUAUGACCAUAAUCAUAUUAUGAAAAAUGCAACGAAAUACUCUAACCAGUACAUGGAAUAUUUUUGACAUCUGAUAAUUCUUAGUUUUGUCUCCCUUCUGGACAAUGUUCUGCAGCGCCAUACUGGUCACUGGUUCACAGUUUCAGGAAGAUUGUACCUCUUCUCAAACAGAUAUUUACCAAUUAUUUGUUUUCUAAAGCAUUUGUAGUCGUUUAUAUGUACAUAUUCCCGUACUAUGCAGACUAUUCAUAUCCUCAGUUUGAUUAAAAUACUGAAACUAA